GAGUUCAUUCUCUCAGGACUGACAGAUCGGCCAGAGAUGCAGGUCACCCUGUUUGCAUUGUUCUUACUGAUUUAUGUUACGACCCUUAUCUGUAAUGGGGGGAUGAUCUUGUUAAUCACAAUUGACCCCCGACUCCACACCCCCAUGUACUUUUUCCUCCGGAACUUGUCUUUCUGUGAUCUCUGCUGUUCCACAGUAAUUGCCCCUAAGAUGCUGCAGAAUUUCUUAGAAGAGAGGAAGAGCAUUUCCUACACGGCCUGCGCUGUGCAAAUGUAUUUCUUUUUUGUUUGCGCAGACACUGAGAGUCUCUUGCUGGCUGUGAUGGCGUAUGACCGUUAUGUGGCCAUCUGUAACCCACUGCUCUAUAUGGUCAAUAUGUCCAGGCAGCGCUGUAACCAGCUGGUGUCUGGGGUGUGUGCUGUGGCGUUGGUGGAUGCAAUGAUACUCACCUGUUGUACAUUUCGGCUGUCAUUCUGCAGCUCCAACAUCAUCAGGCAUUUCUACUGUGAAAUGCCCUCUCUGAUGGCACUCUCCUGCUCUGACACACACAUCAAUGAGAUGGUGAUGGUUGCUUCUUUGUGCUACACCGUAGUGAUCGCCACUUUGACUAUCCUCCUCUCCUAUGUCUACAUCAUCUCCACUAUCUUGCAGAUCCACUCUGCAGAGGGUCGGCGCAAAACCUUCUCCACCUGCGCUUCCCACUUGACUGCAGUGAUACUGUUUCACAGCACUCUCAUUUUCAUGUGUUUACAACCCACCCCCAGCGAUUCCAUGGGCACUGACACAGACAAAAUAGCCUCCUUGUUCUACACGCUGGUGAUCCCCAUGUUGAACCCCCUCAUCUACAGCCUGAGGAACAGGGAGGUGAAGGACGCUCUGAGGAAAGCCAUGAACAAACUCCUCAGCAAGUCUUGA